GUCGCCGGCCCCUCCCCGCGCGGCAGGCGCCCCCGCCCGCCCGGGACGCUCCCAGGCCCGGCCGCCCUUUCGGCCGGACGCUGUGCUCCGCCAAGCUCGCGUGGGAGGACGAUGGGUCAGCGCGGAAAAAGUGAAUGAGGCCGGCGGCCGCGGCCAGUGCCUGACCCGGCCGGGCCGGAGCUCGCCCGCGCCAUGGACGCGCAGCGCGCCUCGGCGGCCAAGCCCCCGAGCGGGAAGAAGAUGAAGGCCCGGGCUCCCCCACCCCCGGGGAAUCCGGCCCUCCUGAACACCCUGGACAAACAGAGGCCUCUGGGAAGCUCUGACCUCAGCCUGCAGUCAAACCUGGCCCCCAUGAGGGAUGGGCCGUUGAACCUCACUGUGGUUCUGCCCAGUGGGCUGGAGAAGCAGAGCGUGGUCGGCAGCAGCCAGGCCAUGAUGGACCUUCUGGUUGAGUUGUGCCUUCAGAACCACCUGAACCCGUCUCACCACGCCCUGGAGGCCCGGUCUGCAGAGACGCAGCAGGCGCUGAGCUUCAAGCCCAACACCUUGCUUGGGACUCUGAACGUACACACAGUGCUUCUGAAGGAGAAGGUCCCAGAGGAGAAAGUGAAACCUGUGCCUCCCAAGGUGCCCGAGAAAUCUAUGCGCCUCGUGGUGAACUACCUGCGGACACAAAAAGCUGUUGUGCGCGUGAGCCCUGAGGUCCCACUCCAGAACAUUCUGCCCAUCAUUUGUGCAAAGUGUAACGUUAGCCCAGACCACGUGGUUCUGCUCAGGGACGACAUCAACGGGGAGGAGCUGGAGCUGUCCAAGUCACUGCACGAGCUGGGACUGAAGGAGCUGUACGCCUGGGACAACAGAGGAGGGACUUUCAGAAAAUCCUCACUUGGCAAUGAAGAGACUGAUAAAGAGAAGAAGAAAAUCCUGGGAUUUUUCAAAGCUAACAGAAGAAGCAGUCGUAAGGCUGAGCAGCUCGGACCUUCAGGUGCAGAGAGCGAUGAGGACGCCUCGCAGCCGGCCACAGGGCAAGGCCUGAACGACUGCUUGACAACACCCAACUCCCCAUCCAUGUCCUCCCAUUCCAUGACGCUAGGUCCGUCCCUCUCUCUGGGCAAUGUCUCAGGGGUGUCCCUGAGGUCGGAGAUGAAGAAGCGCCGGGCCCCACCCCCUCCGAGCGCCAAACCACCUGCACAGGACAAAGUGUCAGAAAAGGUGUCGCUGGGGUCGCAGAUGGACUUGCAGAAGAAGAAGCGGCGGGCCCCCGCUCCCCCUCCGCCGCAGCCGCCCAGCCCCGUGGUGCCCGCGCGCACUCAGGACCUGGAGGAGAACCGGAAGAGCGCCGUGGGCAUUGGACGGCAGGUGCCACAGAAGCCUCCCAGGGGCUCUUCCCGAGCCCCACCCCAGUUAGUGCUGCCCCCACCCCCGCCCUACCCUCCUCCAGACACAGAUGCAGUGGAGCCUCUUGGCGUUCCCGGGGAAGGCACCGGUUCCGAGGCCUCAGACCUGAGGCCCACACUGAGUCUGUCCCUGGGCCGAGGCAGGCAGGCUGGCGUGGAUGGAGCUGAGGAGACGGUGUCUGUGGGCAGCUGCUUCACUUCGGAGGACACAACAGAGGACUCGGGGGUGAUGAGCUCUCCCUCCGAUGUCAUCUCCCUUGACUCGCAGCACGACAGCCUUAAGUCCAAAGACAAGUGGGCUACUGACCAGGAAGAUAGCAGUGACCAGGACUUGGCAGGCACUCCAGAGCUGGGACCCCCGAGGAGCCCACUGUGGGGCAGGAACAGCCCUGGAGGCAUGGACCGCAGAACCGGAAGAGCGGGCACAGCCACAGGCAACGGCAACUUCUUCCUUACCACACAGUUCCAGAGAACCCUGGCAGAGUUCAAGGGAGACCUGGAAGAGAUGGAGGAGAGCUAUAGGACAGACAGCAGCUCGCUGACCAGCUGUAGCAACGGAGUGUCCCCUCGCUAUGUUCAGGAGACGCUGGUCUCCAAUGGCGAUGUAGACACAAUCCCUGUGACCUUCAUAGGGGAGGUGCCAGACGAUCCUGUGGACCUGGGAGUGUUGUGCAACACAAACAACAAUGCUGGCUCCUUUGGUUCAGAAGAUGCCACGGGCAGGGGAGUGCGGCUGUCCCCCUUCCAGGCUGGGCACAGCCAACCCCGCCCCAGAGUGGGUGAAGAAGAGCCUGGCCCACAGGCUCCUUCCCACAAUGCCGGAAAGGAUGUCCCAUUGGCCUCACGGGAUACCCGUCGAGACUGGCGCCAGGCUGACGUGGGGCCCGCAACAGCAGCUCUUGCAUCCAGGCUCCACACAGACACCCCCAGCAUGAAGGAAAAAAGACUGGUGCCUGGCGCUGCCCAUGACAACAAGGCAUGUGCUGCCGAAAGCACAGGUACAGAGCCGCUGGGCAGGACAGACAGUGGGGCUGGCAGUGCUGUCUCAGCCACACUGGCCUGGCACCAGCGAGGCCGCACCCUGGGAAGAAGCUCCGGCCCUCGGUCUGGCCUCACCACCUACAAGAUUGUGCCCUCCAAGUCGGAGACAAGGCAGUACGACAGAGCCGGCUCCUUGUCCGCGGGUGCCAUCUUGAUCAAUGAGCUCGGAGACCUGGUGAAUCCCCACGCCAACAUGAGCAGGACCCCCCCGUCAGCCCCGGCCACCCUGGACACAGACCCCCAGCCCAUGGAGAGAAUCAGGGAAUUCUGGAGAAGCAGCUCAACUGAGAAGCCCUUGGACCCAGCCACGAGACCACUGACAACCCUUGCUUCUGCCUGGCCAGCUCAACAGCAACCAGACCAUCAGCCGAGAGCAGUGCCCAUGGCCACAGCAAUGCCAGUACCACGGCCACACUCUACCACCCAGGAAGCAGGGGUGACCCUGGAGGAAGGGCAGGGCCGGCUGCUGUCCACUGUCACUUGUCACACUAAGGAGCCAGCCGCUGGUGGUACGGAGGUCACUUUCCUCCGGCCCCAGAGGAGAACAUCCAGCCAGUACGUGGCCAAUGCCAUUACCAGACGAAUAGGGCCUCCCAAGGCCCCCACCCCUUCUGGGAAGCUGCACAGCCUUUCCCAGAAGGGCCGAGAAGGCCAAGUACUGAAACCGGCCACCCCGCCACUCCCCACCCCCAGCUCAUCCGCAGGGACCCGGGAACCUGAAGGUGGCAGCAUGCAGGGAUCGGCCGUGGGAACCCCUCCCCAUAGGGAUACCUGCAGCCCACCCAGCGUCCCCCCAAGCAGAGCGUCUCAGGGGGCCCAUGCUUUCGUGGAGCAGAACUCCACCAGGAAGCCCAGUACAGGCAGCCGGAAGCCCAGCACAGCACCUGCCCCCACAUGCCCUCUGCCCUCGCCUCUGACAGCUGCCCAGACCUCUGGUUCCAGCUCGGUGCUGCUGAACGGCUCUGCCCGCGCCCCAGGCAGCACCCCAGAAAGGGCGGGAGCACCAGGCCCGCUACCCUCAGAGGCAAACGAGACAGAUGGGGUCACACCCCUCAGCAUCUUUGGGCCGAAGAAGAAGUUCCGACCUGUGGUGCAGCGGCCUGCCCCCGAGGAUACGUCCCUGCACAGUGCGCUGAUGGAGGCCAUCCACUCUGCAGGGGGGACACAGAGGCUGCGCAAGACUGCAGAGCUUGGCUUGGAGCGAGGCCCCAAGAAGCCAUCCUACACAGAGGCGGAGACCGAGCGGUCAGCGCUGCUGGCAGCCAUCCGAGGGCACAGUGGUGCCCACAGCCUAAGGAAGGUGUCAUCCUCGGCCGCUGAGGAGCUCCAGGGCUUCCGGGAUGCAGCGCACUCCACACCAGGCCCAGAAGCUCCUCCACCCCCGCCGGUCCUGCUAGCCCCUGCCCUGCCGGGCUCAGGAGCACCCUCCAGGCCCCACACAGGCACCUCCGACAGCCCAGUGGAUGCCAGGCAGGCCCUGAUGGCUGCCAUUCGCUCUGGCACCGGAGCUGCGAGGCUGAAGAAGGUGCCCUUGCUGGUGUGAGUUGCUGACAGAGUCCGGAGCAUUGCAGAAACCCAUCGGCCAGACACUCAUCAUCACUCGCAGGUUCCACGGGGCGACGAGCACCCUGGUAGUGUCGCUUCCUUGUCUUCGGGCCAAAGCACAGACAGUUGACUCUCAA